UUGUUCCCUGUUGCUUUAAAUCUGGGCUGUAAAAUGAAUUCUGCAGAAGGAAGCAGGGUUGGUUGGGAGAUCAUUUUACAAUCAUGUUGGUCAAACUUUCCAAGAAGCUGAACGGGUUAAAAGCAGAAAGUUCAGCAGCUAGAGUAGAUCCAGAAAUGUAGAGUCCUCUUACUGAAUUCCUUUUCCUGUAGCUCCUUUGGAGAAAACUUUGAGUUUGGUGUUGCCGUUCUUGAAUUUUGCUGGGCGAAUCUCAACAGUUCGGAAAGAGCAGAGACGGGACAAGUGUGUUUUUCGCCUCCUGUCGGGAGAUGGCGGUCACUUCUGCGCCUACAAAGCCGUCAAUACAGUAGCUGCAUCUGUGGUUGAUCCUUAAAGGAGUUAAAACCAUCAAGUACUGUAUUGCUAGAAAGGAAUGAGGAAGAAGAGAAGCACAGAGGAACUUCCUGUACCGGAUCCCUCAUGGGUGGAAGGUGGCUUGCAGAGCGGCUUUUGUGCUCUUCCAAAAGUUGAAGCAUCAGCUGGAAGACAAAGAGGAUGCCAACAUAAGCACACUGGACAACUGAGAAUAACAAGCAACACUGAAAAACAAAGCAAAUUGAAGCAGAAAUAAAAAAUAUUUUCUAUUUCCUUCAGAAAACCACAGAAUUCGUCUACUUCAUCAGCAGAUAAGAGACAGAAAAGAGAAAAUCAUGAAGAGAUUUGCAGCUGGAAAAAGUAGAUUAUAUAGAAUUUAAGAAAACUUUAGUCAGAAUAACUCCCUUGCGAUUCAUAGAAGGAUCCUCAUAGUAGAGAUAACCUACAACUGCUUCCAAUGUGGUAAAUGCUUUUGCAAGCAUGGCAACUUUGUGAUACAUCAGAGGACUCACACCAGGGAGAAACCAUAUGAGUGUCCAGAUUGUGGGAAAAGUUUCACAGCAAAUUCCCACCUGGUGAUACACCAGAGGACUCACACAGAAGAGAAACCCUUUGAAUGUCCUAAAAAAUUUUUUCAAUGUCCUGAAAAAUCUUUUCAAUGUCCAGCCUGGAAAAGUUUUGUGGGAAAAGUUUCAGUCUCAAUUCCAGCCUGGAGAACCACCAGAGGACUCACACAGGAGAGAAACCCUUUGAAUGUCCUGAGUGUGGGAAAAGUUUCAGAGCAAAUUCCAGUCUGCUGAGCCACCAGAGGACUCACUCAGGAGAGAAACCCUUUGAAUGUCCUGAGUGUGGGAAAAGUUUCAGUCAAAAUUCCAGCCUGCUUAGCCACCAGAGGAUUCACACAGGAGAGAAACCCUUCGAAUGUCCUGAUUGUGGGAAAAACUUCGCUGUCAAUUCCAACCUGUUGAUACACCAGAGGACUCACACAGGAGAGAAACCAUAUGAAUGUCCAGAUUGUGGGAAAUGUUUCAGUGAGAAUUCCAGCCUGGUGAGCCACCAGAGGAUUCACACAGGAGAAAAACCCUUUGAAUGUCCUGAGUGUGGGAAAAGUUUCAGACAGAAUUCCCACCUGGUGAAACACCAGAGGACUCACACAGGAGAGAAACCCUUUGAAUGUCCUGAGUGUGGGAAAAGUUUCAGUCAGAAUUCCUACCUGGUGAAACACCAGAGGACUCACACAGGAGAAAAACCCUUUGAAUGUCCUGAUUAUGGGAAAAGUUUCAGACAGAAUUCCCACCUCAUUAUACACCAGAGGACUCACACCAGGGAGAAACCCUUUGAAUGUCCUGAGUGUGGGAAAAGUUUCAGUCAGAAUUCCUACCUGGUGAAACACCAGAGGAUUCACACAGGAGAGAAACCCUUUGAAUGUCCUGAGUGUGGGAAAAGUUUCAGUCAUAAAUCCAGUUUGGUGAGACACCAGAGGACUCACACAGGGGAGAAACCCUUUGAAUGUCCUGAUUGUGGGAAAGGUUUCAGUGACAAUUCCAGCCUGGUGAACCACCAGAGGACUCACACAGGGGAGAAACCCUUUGAAUGUCCUGAUUGUGGGAAAGGUUUCAGUGACAAUUCCAGCCUGGUGAAACACCAGAGGACUCACACAGGGGAGAAACCCUUUGAAUGUCCUGAUUGUGGGAAAGGUUUCAGUGACAAUUCCAGCCUGGUGAAACACCAGAGGACUCACACAGGGGAGAAACCCUUUGAAUGUCCUGAUUGUGGGAAAAGUUUCAGUGAGAAUUCCAGCCUGGUGAAACACCAGAGGACUCACACAGGGGAGAAACCCUUUGAAUGUCCUGAUUGUGGGAAAAGUUUCAGUCAGAAUUCCAGCCUGGUGAAACACCAGAGUACUCACACAGGAGACAAACCACACAAGUGUGCAGAUUGUGGGAAAAGUUUCAGUUACCGUUCUGACCUGGUGAUCCACCAGAGGACUCACACAGGAGAGAAACCCUUUGAAUGUCCUGAUUGUGGGAAAAACUUCAGUCUCAGUUCCUCUCUGGUGAAACACCAAAAGACUCACACAGGAGACAAACCACACAAGUGUGCAGAUUGUGGGAAAAGUUUCAGUUACCGUUCUGACCUGGUGAUCCACCAGAGGACUCACACAGGAGAGAAACCCUUUGAAUGUCCUGAGUGUGGGAGAGGUUUCAGUCUCAAUUCCAGUCUGGUGAAACAUCAAAAGACUCACACAGGAGACAAACCACGCAAGUGUCCAGAUUGUGGGAAAUGUUUCAGUUACUGUUCUUCCCUGGUGAACCACCAGAAGACUCACACUGGAGAGAAACCAUAUGAGUGUCCAGACCAGCAGAGUCAAACAAUUUGAUUGAGGGCCGCAUCAGGAUUGUGGUUGAUCUUGUGGGUGGGCAUGGUGGGGUGAUGUCACAUGGCCAGCUCGACAUCUCUUGUGUCGUGGGGCGCCUGUGGUGGCUCAGGCAGGUCUGGGGGGAUCCAUUGUCUCCAGCAGAGGAAGGUGAGACAAUGUUAAGCGCCAAAACCCUUGUUCUCCUCAUAGCGCCCAGCCUGGCCCUCAAGCUCCCGUUGCACUGGGACCCCACAGCCCAGCCCUGCUUCCCCCAGUGGGUCCCCGGCUGUGUUUACCUCCUCCUCAAGGCUGCUGCUAUGCUCGCUGUCCUUGGGCACGUUGCUCAUGGUGUAUGCAGGAGGGCAAAGUGUGUGUGUCAGAGGGAGGGCCACUCCUCCAUGCGAGGAGCCCCAACUUUGUAACUAAAGCAUCCUCAGCAAUAGGAUGGGAGACUACCAGGAGAGUCAGGAGGAGGGGACAAGGGGAUAGCGAAAGGGCAGAAGGGCAGCUGGUGGCCAAAUACUAAGGUAGGACUUUCCUCAGAAUCUGAUUCCCUCUUAUUAUAAUCAAUCCUUCCUUCCUUCCUUCCUUCCUUCCUUCCUUCCUUCCUUCCUUCCUUCCUUCCUUCCUUCCUUCCUUCCUUCCUUCCUUCCUUCCUUCCUUUUGUGGCCAAAGACUGAAAACAAACCAGGCUCAGUUUAUCCAGUGCUUGCAUCUAGUGGGAGAGUCCACAGACAACAGCAAAACUUGUCAAAAUGUUGGUUGUGAUAGUUGAUCAGAACUCCUCUGUUUUUUAUGUACUGUAAGGUCCCAAAAUGUACUUGAGUCACCAGAAUGCCAAAAAGAGAGACUCAAGACGAGGCUUGCAAAAAGAGGCAGAUUUUAUUUAUGGCCAAAAACAAAAUACUGGGUGGGACUAUAUCCAGAACAUACAGAUACAAUGCAUGUGAGGAGAUAGCCACACCUUGGGGAAGGUAAGGCGUCCUUUUUAUACCCUCAGAGACAUCAGUUUAGUACCCAAUUCUGGCCUCCUAGUUCAGGUUUGUGUAUUCCUUGUUGCCCUGCAAAGGAAUAGAAGUUUCCCAAUUAGCGUUAUCUCUUCCUUGAGCAUUCCUUUGUUCUCUCAAUUGGCCAUUUGGCUCCUGGUUCUGCAUCAUCCAAGGAAUAAAUUGAUCUGUAUAAUCAAAGGUGUAAGUUAGAGCUGAAGUGUAAAAUUAUCCCUCGGAUGAUGUCUGCAGUUCCAACUGAGAUACGUACCAUGCUCUUAGAUGGCAUAAGAAAAACAGGAAGAAGAUUGAUAUGGGUUCAGAUCAAAUGGCAGGAACAUAUCUUUGACAAAUAUCAGAUACCUUACAGAGGCCUAAUAACAGCAUAUGUUUGUUACAGGAGAUACAAAUACAAAGGCAUACAAUAUAUGUGAUACAAAUACAAAGGCAUAUUUGUGUUACAGAUAUAAAGGUACAAUAUAUGUGUGUUAUACAAAUACAAAAGGCCAUAUGUGUAUUACAGGAACCUAAUGGUUACAGAAUAACAAGUUCCUACUAAUUCUCGUAUACCAGUAUAUCCAGUGGUGGGAUUCAAGUAAUUUAACAACCGGUUCUCUGCCCUAAUGAUUUCUUCCAACAACCAGUUUGCCAAACUGCUCAGAAAGUUAACAACCUGUUCUCCUGAAGUGGUGCGAACUGGCUGAAUCCCACCACUGAGUAUAUCAUAUUCUAGUAUUAUUUAUUAUAUCCUUAUAACUGUUUCCCUUCAGUACAGCGUUUAGGAACAGAGAUAAAUUAGUUGCUUUUCUAUUAAUACAUAAUCCUUAAAAGGGCUGUCCUGUAGGGAGCCUCCCAUGGUCUAAUUCAGACUGGAAAUAUAACAAAGGAAAAUAUUCUCCCCACUCGGCUUUGUCCUGUUUUCCCCACUGGAAAUGGCUGUUUGCAACACACAAGGAGGGGAUACUUUCCUGCGAGCUCACAAUUCAAGAAUACCAAUGUUAACUUGGAUUGCUAAUAAAGUUGCCACUCACUCCUCCCUCCCUCCCUUCCCGCUUUCCUUUCCUUUCUUUUUUUAAGCUGCCAAGAGGCUCCCGACAAAGGCUUCCCAUAUUGACCCCUCCCCCAUCAUUGCUUCAGCAUGGUUUUUAGCUCACUUCUCCCAGACUCAUGCAAUUGUAUGUUUGUGUGUGUGUGUGUGUGUGUGUGUGUCUUUGUGCCCCUUGCAGCCCAGCCAGUGCUGUGAUAUUGGAGAGGAAAAGAUUGGGAAAGGCUGGGGGUUGAGAGAAAGAAACAAGCAUUGCAAAAAAACAGCUUUUGUUAGCUUUCAGCCUACAAUGAGCUUGUAGGCUGCAAGUGAGUGAGUGCAAGUGAGUGAGACACCUCCACCUCCACCCCCCUCCACACACAUAAACACACACUCACCAGUGGUGGGUUCCUCUCAGUUCGGCCCGGUUCUCCCAAGCUGGUAGCGGUGACGAUAUGACGUCACUGAAAUGGUUCUGCCCCCCCCCCGUGCCCCCCACUCCCAAAGCGCUCUGGAAUAGGUAUCAAUAGAUAAAUGAAUAUAUUUCCAGGGAGCCAAAGAGGGAACAUGGGUAACAUCCAUUUGCCAUAGUUGAUUAGAGGUGAAACCAGGAGAUUAACGCCCAUGUCCGCCGAGGGGGAUGCCCCAGAACAUUGGGGACAGGAUGAAACAAUUUGCUUGGCUUGAUCGAGUGGAAUAUGGCAAGCUUGUGCCAGCCCCCUGGCAUUUUGAUGGAAAAAAGAAUGACUAGAAAAAGGAUCUGUGAACAAAGUAGGUAAAACAUGAACAGCAGCAUCAGCGUGACUAUUGCCUUCAGAAAGAGGGCCAGGAAGGGGCGAGUGACUGCGUAUGUGAGAGACAAAGUACAAAUGUUUCCGGUCUUGUAGCACUUGCUGCAAAGUGAGAAAAAGGGCCAUAAAAUUGGGGUCAAUCCUGGGCGUGAUAUAAGCACCUGGAAGAUUAAAAAUAAGUUGACACACAUACUGCGAGUCAGAGAUCAAAUUAAAAGGCUGUUGGGAAAAAGUGUGGAAAGCCAAGAUAGCAGCAGACAAUUCUGAGUGUUGUGGCGAGGAUUGCACUGCAGUGUAGGACACUUUCCAGGUAUCAUCAUGAGGAUCCUUAUAAGCAAUCGCUCCUCUCAUUCGCCCUCCAUCGGAAAAAACAGUAAGAACUUGCGACAAUGGAAAGGGAGAAAGCCGUGGGCGAACAGGAAAGGAGGAAGUCAUUAAACAUUAGGCAAAUGAUAUGCAAUACAACCCCCAUAGUUAAAGCACACUGAAGAGAUAAGAUAUUCUGAAAAUAAAAGUGAAAAUCAGUUUUCGAGAUAGGAAGAACAACAUUCAUGAAAUCGGUCCCAUUUCUACGACAAGCUUGAGUGCGCCCCAAGGUUAUAAUUUCAGCAAUGGCUUGGAUAAAUGGUAAAACGUUUUGGGAUGGUGUAUGGGGUAAAUAAAGCCAUUCAAUACAAUA